CUGGUAGCAGGGAAGACGUAGAUCACGUUGAGACCCGGCCAUGGCCAAGAUGGCCAAGAUGGCAUGGCAUGGCUCUUUUGGGCACUUGGGCGCCCCAUCCUGGCAACCUUUGAGGCGAAGCUCUACUUGGAGGAACACUCACAUGGUAUCAACAUCACAGCUGUGCGAGAACUGGUGUUUGCCACACCGGACUGUUCUGCCCAGAUCUCUCAGCAGCUUUGCCAGCGCUUGGACUUGGUCCGCCACGGGCAAACGCGACGUGGUCGCGCCGAAACCGAAGCCGGCGCCGAAACCGUCGCCCGUCAUGUGGCGCCACCCAGCGCCGUACAGGAGAUCUCCACCCAGGCGAUCUUUCAGGAUGAGAAGCCUGUGCGUGUGGCCUUCUUGCUCUUGGCCUACAAGGCUUUGCCGAACCUCAAGCAGCUCCUGCGCAGGUUGAAAGAACCUUGGCAUUUCUUUUUGAUACACCUUGACAAGAAGGCUUCUUGGAGAAAGGAGAAGGAGCUGCAGCAGUUGCUCACAGAGGUGGAGCCCCGCUACGAGGUCAUGGCGGAACGCUUCGAUCUGCGCCGAGGUGGGGCAUCCUUUUUGCUGGUCAUGCUUCGUGCUUUGGAGCUUUUGAUCGCCCAGGACGGCUGGGAGUACUUCAUCAACCUGAACGAUAAUGAUUAUCCCAUUACCUCCAACCAGGCGCUGCAGAGUUUUUUACAGCUCCACCUCAGCGACUCCUUCGUUCACGUGGGAUCGCCGAGCAUGCCAAGGUGCGAAGAAUGUGACAAGAUCGAUGACCUGGUCGUGGCAGUGGAGUGUGUUCUCCCACGAGGCUCCGAACUCCAUGCAUUGCUGCCCUCAGCAGAGGAGAUGAAGCAUUGGUUCUACUUCCCCACCUGGGCUGGUCCAGAUCUCGUAGGCUUGUGGAGGCCCUUAGUGGCUGAGCUUGUUUAUGCCCUACACCUACCAGCCUCCCCAGCGGAUCUGCUCCUGGGACAGCUGCGAAGCGCUUGGGGCGCUCAGUGCAUGGCGCGGCACAGCAGCCAGAUGAGCGCUUCUUCCAAUCGCUCUUCGCUGGGGACCUCAUCGCCAGACGAGUCUCACGCAACACGUCAUGCCGCCACGCCCCGUGCGGUGCGUGGAGUUGCGAGCGGUGCGUGGCGUGGCGUUGUACCAAGCAGACCGAGCGAUUCUUGCUGGUUGUACUGUGUUGUACUGCUGGUCUCACAUGUCCACAAAAGCCCGAGGAGCCACUCGGAGCCACGAUCCGUAAGCUCGUGGAUUUCGGAAAAUGCUGGAAGGUUGGAACAAAAGUCCAAAGCCAUCUCGAAGUCAAGGAGGUUUGUAUCUUUGACGAUCAUCUCUCCCUCCACAGACCCCCACCCCCAGAACACAUUUCCUACGCAGCCGGCAGAGGCGAUGCCUGAGCGUUAUGGGGGCGGCUUGGGCUCAUUGGGCCGCUACUCACGGGUUCUGGGAACCUUCCAUGUGUGGGAUGUUGAUCGCCUUGAUCCUGGAGAUGCCUUGCAAAGCUCCGGUGUCCCGGUUCAGAUCUACUCCCCGCCGCUGCUCCGUGACGCACGGCGCAACUUCAGCAGCUUGAUGAAGGCCACCCAAAGCUCCCCGUCCAGUCACUUUGCCAGGAAAUUUGAUGCCCAGCGGACCUGGCCCUUGCAACGGCGCUUGGAUGUGGCAGCGCUGGCAGAAGGACCUGCACAAGGUGUGGCCGGAUGGGAUGAGGCGCUGCUGCUGAUGCUUGAGCGAUCUUUUCAGGUGGAGCCUGGAUCCACCUGGAGACUGGAGCAUACGCUGCUGCGACAGCAUCUCACCUCUACAAAGGUACGCGUCUCUGAACGCCUGGCAGCGCAAGUGCGUUUUCGCGAAGGGGUGGAGGACCAGCACGUUGCCAUGCUGCGCUACGUCUUGGCGGUGCGUGUGGGCGUGGGCUGGAACGAGAGCUCCCAAAGCUUCAGUGGCCCAGUGUCCAUCCUCCCGACUGGUCCAGGGGACGUGACGGCCGUCAUUUAUCUCAGUGCUCCUCCUCGCGACCCGCGGAGCUCAAUGGGCCCUUUGCAGAUCACAUGGCAGGGUCCAAACAGCAGGAUGAGUCGGCAGCACAUGCCUCGUGGCCGCCGGCUGAGCGUUUUGGGCCCACAUGUACGAGAGGCUGGGGCAUGGCGGUUGACGGUCUCUUGGACAGCGCCAGACGUCCAUGAGCACUUCCAUGCCACGUUCCCUCCAGAGCGGCCAACGCCACGACUCACAUCAGUGGCCUCAGUGCCUACCCAGAGCUCCUUGUCCUUCACAAGGCCUUUUGUGGUCUACGAAGAUGCUGAUGAUCUCAUGAAGAGAUGCAACGAGAGCUGCCUGAGGAUGUACUGGCAAGUGGAGUUGAGCAAAAUGAGAGGGAGGCUGUGGGGAAGAUCUUCGCUGGGUCAGGAGUUUGAUGACUUCUGA